AUGAUACCGAGUCACAGAUCCGCUUCCCAGCUAUGGGCCAUUGCUCGGCGGAAGCUCUUUACUAGACGAGAGCCCAAGAGCAGCGAGCAUGACUACCCACAACACCGCUCCUUUGACUCUGUUUCCUCUUCUUCCUUCAGCGAACACACCGACGGCUUCUACAAGUACUCGUUGGAAGUUCUCCAACAGAGUGACGAAGAAUACAGAGAUACGGUUGAGAGCAGGGGAAUGCGGUCUUCGGACAGUACCGGGAUGUCUUACACGUCAGCUCGAACGGCCCCUGCCGAGUUUCCCUUCUCUCCUUACGCCGUCGGCGCUGUCGAAUGGAAUUCGGCCUCGGGUUAUGUCAAGAAUCUGGAUGAUGCGCAGGGUCAUGACGUUUCGUCCUGGAAAAAUAGUGUGUUGGCUGUAUACGUGAGGGUGUACACCGUCGCUAAAGUGGUCUUCAUGUCUUUCAUCCACUAUGGAAUUGAAUUGGAUGGAUUUAACGGCGGCCUAAUGGUUUGCAUCAGGGACGUAGAAGAUGCCAUCGCGUCCACAAAGAUUGCUCCCUUGGUUGAAUGUGUCGAGAAGUUGUACCAUGCUCUUUAUGCAAGGCUUGUGAUGGAGCUUGUCGUUGUCGACUUAUGCUCUUGCUUCAAGAUUGAAGUUUCCCGCGUUUCUUCGCAUAACAACUUCAUGCUCCCUGAGCCACGCCACUUGUACAACAUAUUCCUGGCUUGCAAGCAAGUUCUCGACAGCUCGACAGUCUGCAGAUUCCUUAAGAAAGACUUUGUCCAGAACUAUCAGGCUACGUUCAUCCACCGUGCUGUAACAAAGCUCAACAGUAUGCCGUUUGUGAUGGACGACCUUAUUGGAUAUCGUCGAUUCGCUCUUGGGAUUAUCGACAACCCGGAUUCUCCAUUUCGCCAGAGGUGGGCUGGGAGUGGCCUGAUCUAUCAUAUGCCACCGCCAAGGGUCCUGAUCGUUCAUUCUGAGAAAUACAUGUCUUUCACCCCAAGACAGACUUAUCAGUUUAUGAUCCCACAACAGCCCCUCCCCUUCAUUCAGCGGCACAAUGCCGACCCAACAUUCAUGGAAAAUGCACGUACAUCGGACCACCGGCAGGCUGCGCUAGCCAUGCUUGAAGGCAAGACUGUGGGAGAUCUUCGAAACGAGGGCACCAUUCAGCAGCUGAUAGAAUACGCCAAAAGGAGAAAGUGUGUAUGCCAAUCGUCCUGCAGUUGCGGCCAGGAUUGUACACAGGAGCCGGACCGACUCUGCCCCUGCGCGGAGUGGAAUAUGAUCCUGUUACUGACUCAGGUGAACGCAAACCGUGGGGCUCUUGGGCUUCGCGACCGAUGCACCGUUCUUUCGAAGGCUGUGUUUCAGGAGCUUGCUUCCAUCCGGGAAGAUAUUGACGUCUUCUUGUCAGGUGGGGCGCAGGUGACCGGGGAUGGGGCAAGUUGGUCAGAAGUUGGCCGUGGUUCGCAAGUCUGGCAAGAUUUUCAUUUGGCUCUGGCCGAAAUUCAGCUCCCCGAAAGAGUCUGUAUCUGCGCCUGUGUGGGAUUUCCGCCCGGCACAGCAAUCUCUGGGAAACUUUUAGCGGGCAUGGUGCCCAAGACUGUUGCUAGUUCGACAGGUUGUUUAUCAUUCAUCUUCUCCUCCUCUUCUCCUCUCGCUUCGCCGGUAAUUAGACGCAGCCCACUGUGGAGCGCUCAUUCCGGGGCCCCCAGCAUUUGGGUGCGACGAUAUCGCGCCGUCUGGCCUUCCUACGGCAUCACCACUCCCAUCCCGGAUCCUAAUCCACAGUUCCCCAUCUCCCGUUCGCCUUUCUGCUUCCAGACAGGCUAUGCUCUCUGCGCCAAACGGCCCUCGCGUCCCUUCCCCCCACCGUUCCUGUCUCCGCCCUCUUCCUCCUUUUCCGACCCGCUGACCACCCACUACCUGAGUCAGGAUAAGAGAUUAUCCGUCCGGGGGGAUCUGGUCCGCGGCCUGAACAACGGCGACGAUGCUGUUUUAGUGGCGGAGAAUUACCUCGCCGUGAACGAUGGGGUCGGGGCGUGGGCAACCAAGCCGAGAGGUCAUGCUGCGCUAUGGUCUAGACUGCUCCUCCAUUUCUGGGCUUUGGAAGUCGAACGAGACCCCAAUGGACAGUCCGAAUUAGAUCCCAUCGGCUAUCUUCAACGAGCAUACGAGGAAACCAUCCGGGCAACGACUUCCCCAGGUGAAUGGCUGGGAACUACCACAUCGGUCACAGCGUUACUGCAUUGGAAGCGCGAUGCUACGGGGAACAUACGGCCCCUGCUCUACGUGACCAAUAUAGGUGACUGCAAGGUCUUUGUCAUCCGACCUAGCGAGAAGAGAAUCCUCUUUCGAACCAAGGAACAAUGGCAUUGGUUUGACUGUCCUAUGCAGCUGGGCACAAACAGCGUCGAUACUCCUCGGAAGGAUGCUGUCCUUUCAUUGGUUGAUAUGCAGGAGGAUGACCUCGUGGUGGCCGUGUCAGACGGCAUCCUGGACAAUCUCUGGGAGCAUGAGAUCCUGACUAUUAUCCUAGAUAGUCUGGAGAAGUGGCAGCAAGGACGUCAUGAAGAUAAGGACUCGGAGUGGGCGCCCCCGGCUGUAAUGGCGGAUGAGCAGAUGGUGUUUCUAGCCAGGGAGCUGCUCAAAUCUGCUCUGGAGAUUGCUCAGGAUCCCUUUGCCGAGAGUCCGUACAUGGAGAAGGCGGUGGAUGAAGGACUGGCCGUGCAGGGUGGUGAGUGUCUUCGCAUACCGAUGUCCGAAUCAACUUCGGCUCGGCCGUCGGACAACGACCCGACAGUCAAGAUGAGGGCCAAGCGAUCCAAGAAGUACCGCAAGCUCAUGCACCAGUAUGAGCUUACGUUUGGGUUCCGUGAGCCGUAUCAGGUUCUGGUUGACUCUAAUUUCCUCCGCGCCGUCCACUCCUUCAAAAUGGACUUGAUCCCCGCUCUGGAGCGCACGCUUCAAGGCAAACCCAAGCCUCUCCUCACAAAAUGCUCCCUCGCCGCAAUCAUGGCCUCCCAACCCAUCAACCCCAGGACCAACAACCCCUACCGACCCGACCACCUCCCCCCACCCACCACCCUUCCUCUCCGCCACUGCUCCCACAACGCCGACUCGACCCCCAUCGACGAAGUCGAGUGCCUGCUCUCUCUCCUCUCCCCCUCCGCCGAGAGCAAAAAGAACAAGGAACAUUACAUCCUCGCGACGGCGGACCCGCACAACGCCAAGGACAAGUCCGCGACGGAUAACACAGCCGCCGGACGGAAACGGAAGCGUGACGCAGAGGACAAGGCUGAGGCGGCGUUGCGGAAGUCGAGGUUGCUACGGCGCCAGGCUCGGUCGAUUCCAGGUGUGCCGAUUGUCUAUGUGAAGAGGUCGGUGAUGGUGUUGGAGCCGAUGAGUGAUCCUUCGGAUGCGAUCAGAGAGGGUGUGGAGAAGGGCAAGUUUAGGGUUGGGUUGAAUGAUGAAGCGAGGAAGCCGACGACGGCUGGGGACGGGGAGAAGACGAAGAAGAAGAGGGAUUUGAAGAAGCCCAAGGGACCGAAUCCGCUGAGUGUGAAGAAGCCGAAGAAGAGGGCACCGGAAGAUACUCCCGGGAAGGCGGAGAAGCCGAAGAGAGAGGCUGAGGAGAGACCUGCUGCGGAGGAGCGGGAUGGAGAGGAUGGGGAUACUGCGCCGAAGGCAAAGCGCAGACGCCGUCAUCAUAAUCGCGGUGCUGGGAAGACGGAUGGUGAUGAGGGUGGUGCGCAGGAGGCUGCCGCGCCGGCCGAUGCCAUGGAUGAUUGA